CAACCUUUCUGCAUGAUAAGAACGUGUUCCUAUUAUUUAUUAUCUUUUAAAAUUGUGAUAUUAUUUUUUUUUAUGUAGAAAUUAGUGAAAAAUUGCGGCAUUUAUAAAUUAUUACAUAUAAACGCUUUUUUUAUUACUUGUUUUAUACGUUUAUAACUUAAUUGAUACCGGUGAUCUGUGCAAUAUGGAUACUAAAACAUGUUUUGUAUAUAAUACUAACGAAUUUUCCAGUUUUUUAGAAGGUAUAACAGUCUCUCCAUUAAUGAAAUGUAGACCUUCCUCAGAUCCUGUACCAAUAUCAGGUGUUUCUGAAUUAUCUGCUGCCCAUUUACUUAAUGACUUGGCUAUUUCUGACACUUUAUAUUGCUCUUACUGCUCCGCUGGAUUUCUUGAUAAACAUCAACAAAGGGCACAUUAUAAGCUGGAUUGGCAUAGAUAUAAUUUAAAGCAACAUCUAGCCCAAAGGAAAACCAUAUCUGAGGACAAAUUUGCCCAAUUAGCAGAUGAUGUGUCUAGUAUUUCUGGUUCUGAAAGUGAGAGUGACACUGAGACUGACCUCAGUUCAACUGAUGUGGAGUCUUCGAAGGAAGAUGCGCUAAUAACUCAUCUUAUUGCUAGGAGGUCGAGGGUGUUGUUUAACAAUGGUUCCGGUCAAGUUAUUUCAGUUCAUAGGUGUCUUCUGCUUAACAAAAAGGAAGAAGCAGCAUCUGAUGAUCAUCUAGUUGACUUGAUAAAAAAACUUCCCAACCGUACAACAUGGCUAAUAGUUAUGAUGGGUGGAGGUCAUUUUGCUGCUGCUCUGUUCAAAGGAACCGAGGCUGUACUGCAUAAAACUUUCCACAGCUACACUGUACGCUCGAAACAAGGAGGUUCACAAAGUUCAAAGGAUGGAAAAGGUUCACAUGCUAAAUCUGCUGGUGCUAGUUUGAGACGAUAUAAUGAACAAUCCCAUUUACAGCAUAUUCAAGACCUGAUGAAAGCUUGGGCUCCUGAUAUAGUUAAAUGCGACAUGAUUUUCUACCGAGCGGUGGGGAGAGGUAACACAGGAAUCUUGUUUGGUGGUCCACAUCCUCCGCUGCUCAGAAGUGACCCGAGAGUUAGAACCAUUCCGUUCCCAACGAGAAGAGCAACUUUCAAUGAAGUCAAGAGAGUCCAUGAUCUUCUGUCCUCUGCAUUUAUUUAUGAUUCCAAUGAAAUGUUCCGCACUACUUUUUCACCACCAGUUAAAGAGAAUAUUGAACCUUCUGAGAAGAAAUGGACAAAGUGCACUGACAGCAGUCCUAAAGGAAGUCCUAGGAAGAACAAUAUUGACCGAGCUAAAGAAAGGCCAUCGCCAGUCCGGGAACUACCUGACAUAGUUCAGCAACUUGCGGCCAUCUCUACUUCUGGCAGUGAGGGAGAUCUAGCUUUUGUUGAUGAAGAGCUAUCAUUUGUUGAUUCGUUGAAGGAGUACGACGAUACCGUACCUCAGCAUGUUAAGGACAGAAUUAAGAAGGGGAAACCGAAGAAAAAAAAACGUGAAGUCCCAGAAGAUGAUAAAGAAGUUGUGCGAGAAGAUGUUCAAGAAUUAUGGAAUGCCAUACAUUCCUCAUGCCUGGAAGGUGAUUUCGAGAAAUUGAAGGGCUCUUUAGAAAACAAGAAGCCGUCGAUCACUUCCGAAGAGUUAUCCACGGCAUUAAAUCAGAAAAAUAUUCUAGGUGAAACAAUAUUGCAUAGCAUGUCAGCGGCUGGGAAGGGAGAUGCUGUAAGGCUCUUGAUGUUGUAUGGAGCAGAUCCUAAUAUUCGUGACAAGAAAACCCAGACGCCAUAUGACCAUGCAACUGACAAGUCAACAAGGAAUGUAUUUAGGAGAUUUAGGGGAGACUAUCCUGAAAUGUACGAUUACUCAAAGACUCAUAUUCCUGACGCUCUGACUGAGGAGUUGGAAGCAGAGAUUGCUGAGAAAAAGAAAUUAGCUAAAAAAGCCAAGAGACAGAAAGACAAAGAAAGGAGGAUUGCAGCAGAAACGAAUAAGAGAGAAGACGAUGAAAAGAAACGAUUUUUGAAGUUGAGCGAUAGAGAAAAGAGAGCGCUGGCUGCAGAAAGGCGGGUCCUUUCGGCUGGUGGGAGACAAGGUGUUAUUGCAUCAUCUCGCUGUUACGAUUGCGCGACUGACAUUACUGGCAAAGUUCCGUUUGAGUACAGUGACAAACGUUUCUGUUCAAUGGCAUGCCUCAAGAAGCACAGGGCGAAAGAAAAGAAACAACAAACCUGAUCAAUUUAUUCAAGAGAAUGGAAAUAAGACAAUUUUUGGACCAAUUUUUCAUAAUUUAUCUUGCAAUAACAGAAUUUCUGUAUUUAUUGUACCUUAUAUGUUGUUUUUUUUAAUUGAAUUUUUAAAGAUAUUAAAGGUUGAAGUGAUUUUUUUA